AUGGAAGGAAUGCCCCUCAAGUACCUCCCCAGCUUCAUCUUCACCACCGACCCGAACGACGUCGUAGUCAACUUCGCCAUGCGGGAAAUCGACCGCGCCGUCACCAAGAAACCCGCCGCCAUCCUCCUCAACACCUUCGACGAGCUGGAGCAAGACGUCCUCGCCCACCUCUCCACCGUCUUCCCGCCGAUCUACACCAUCGGCCCACUCUGCGCCCUCACCAACCACUUCCCUUCUACCAAGCAUGAGCCCCUCGCCUCCAUCGGCUCCAACCUCUGGACCGACGAGCCCGAGUGCCUCAAGUGGCUCGACGCCCACGCGCCCGGGUCCGUCGUGUUCGUCAACUUCGGGAGCGUCACGGUCAUGUCCCCGGGCCAGCUGGUGGAGUUCGCGUGGGGGCUGGCCAACACGAAGGUGCCGUUUCUGUGGAUCAUCCGGCCGGAUAUUGUCCGUGGAGAGACCGCGAUCCUGCCCCCGGAGUUCGUGGAGCAGACGGCGGCGCGUGGGAUGAUGGCGGGGUGGUGCCCGCAGGAGGAGGUGCUUAAACAUCCGGCGGUGGGCGGGUUUUUGAGCCACAUGGGGUGGAACUCGUUCUUGGAGAGCGUGUGCGGCGGGGUGCCGGUGGUGUGCUGGCCGUUUUUCGCGGAGCAGCAGAUCAACACGUGGUUCGCGUGUGAAAAGUGGGGGGUUGGGAGGGAGAUCGGGAAUGAUGUGAGGAGGGAGCAGGUGGAGGCGAUGGUGAGGGAGCUGAUGGUCGGGGAGGAGGGGGAGGGGAUGAGGACGAAGGCGGCGGAGUGGAGGAGGAAGGCGGAGGAGGCGGUGGCGCCGGGUUCGGGGUUGUCGUAUGUGAAUUUUGAGAGGCUUGUUGAGGAACUGAUCUGA